AUCUUCUUUCAGCAAGUUCAUUCAAAAGUCAAUACGUCUUUUUUUUUAGAAAGCAAUACUGUAAUUCUUUAUCAAGUCUGUUCGUCAAUAUAAGACUUCCACAACUCAACUUCAAUAUAUCUCCCUUGUCUAGCUAACACUGCCUUCAGAGUUGGCCGAUAGAUCGAUCGGAAAUCGAAAUGGCUCCCUUUGAUUUUAAGUCCAACAAACACUUUGCAUCUUCGUCCGAUGGGGCUACCCUCCAAGUCUACGAGUUGAUAAAGUCAACUCUUACUCAUCCAUCUUCCAUCCGGAAGACUCACUGGAGGGAAGUAGCCAACAUCAACACCAAUCUCGAUGGUGACGACGAUGGCGGAGGAGAUGAUAACACGGCGGAUGAAACGAGGACUUACGAUGGGUUGGUGUUCUUCGAUGGCCAUGGGAAAAUUGAGGGGCGGGAAGCCUUGACCAAGCUGGCCCAACACCUUAAGCGGUUAAGCUUGAUGGUGAGUCCAGGAGGGCACUGCUUCCAAGAUGUGAAUGAGCUUGGAGAGUACGUCGACUUCGGAGUUCACUAUCUCCGACUGAACGAUUUGUUCAGCUGGCCCCAUCAUGGAGUCGACCUCGCCAGAACUGACAAGUGGGGUAGUUCGGAGUUGAAGUACCACGAUCCCAGACAUGGUCAACGAUCAAAGCACACCGCAGGAGGAGGCAGCGCAAUCAGUAUGGAGAAGUACAAGGAGUUGAAAAGGCUGCUGACGGAGAAGGAUGAGAAAUUGGUGAAUCUGAAAGAGGAGAUGGACGACGAGUUGCAGAAUAUACGAGAGAAGAAGGACGAGGAGCUGCAGGAGCUGAGAGAAGAAAUGGGCAAGCUCAAUGAAGUAAAAGAAGAAGCAUUGCAAAAGCUAAGAAGAGAAAAGGAUGAGGAGUUGCGAAAGUUAACAAAGAAGAAGGAUGCUGAACUACAAAUGUUGAGGAAAGGAAAGGACAAUGGAGCUAUUCCGCAAAAGUUUCGAAAGGAGAAGGAUGAUGAGUUGCGAAAGGUGAAGAAUGAGAUGGAGGAGGAGAUGGAGAAGCUGAGGAAAGAGAAGGAAGACGAGCUCGAAAGGUUAGAAAAAGAUAAAGAGGAAGAAAUGUCGACUAGACUGAUGGAGAAGGACGAUGAAUUGCAAAAGUUAAAGAAGGAGAAGGACGAGGAGUUUCAGAAGGUAAUAAAGAGAAAGGACGAGGAGCUGCAAAGACUUAAAAAGGGAAAAGAAGGCGGAGCAAGUUUGCAAGCGUUCAGAAAGGAGAAAGAAGAUGAGCUGCAAAAACUAAGGCAUGAGAAAGACGAGGAGAUAGAGAAUCUCAAGAGGCAGAAGGACGAAGACAUCGAGAAGGCGGUGAAGAAGAAAGAGGCGGAGACCCUACUCGAGAAGGAUGAAGAAAUACAAAAGCUAAGAAAGGAAAAGGAAGACGAAAUUCAAAAAUUGAUGAAGGAAAAAGAUGAAGAGAUUAGAGGGAAGCCAAUCAAGUACAGUGACGAGGAAGUGGAAGAUAUGAAGAAAGAGUUGGCAAAGCUAAGGGACGAACUAUCGUCGAGCACAGUUAAGUGCUCAUCCGUGUUGUCACCUGGUGGCAAGGUCCUAUACGGAGUCCCCAACAACGAGGAGUGGGCGUUCCACGUCAGUCACCGGCGGCCAGUGCCGCCGGAGACAUUUUGGUGUUUUACAGGCCAGGUUAGUCGGCACAACGUCAAGGUUUUUUACUUGCCUGACUUGACAGAGCCACGACUGAGCGCUGUCUAUAAUACCUAUCAUUCGGUCGACGAAGGUAUCGCAGAAGAGUGGCUUGCUCCAUAUGAAAAAUGGGUACACACAGAAACUACCGGCCAAGGGCAGUUCGACGUGAACAAUUGGUGGUUUGCGAAGACGUCUGAUCCUGAAGGCGGGAUGACGAUGAUGGCUUAUUACUAUGGGGAUCGAUAUUGCAUUCAGCAUAGUCGGUGGGGGACGAUUCGGAUUCCGUAUCCCAAUGGUGUUGAUUUCAACGCGAAUCGGAAUUUCUACAUGGGUAAUCUCUGUGGCAAGAUCGUGUUUUGUUUCACGUUUAGGAAUUAGGAAGAGGGAUGAUUUUCUUCAAUUUCUGGCAUUCUUGUUUGCUCUACUUGUCUCUAUUGUUGUUUCAUAGCUGUAUAAUCCUUCAUUUUCUCCUUGGAUAGUGUUUUAAUUUCCAUGUUGCUUCAUUGUUUCUUGCAAUAAAAAUCCAUUUCCUCU